GCAUGAUCGACGGCGCCGCCGCCGCCGCCGCUCUCGCGUGCUUCCUCUUGCUCACGUUCUACUUCCACGCCGCGCCGCGCGCCGCCGGCGACGGCCGCGUGCCGACGCUCGUCGUCCUCGGGAGCGGCGGCCACACGACGGAGAUGCUGCGGCUCCUCGGCGGCCUUGACGCGUCGCGCUACGGCCCCGUGACGCUCGUCGUCGCGGCGUCGGACACGACGAGCGCGGCCAAGGCCGCGGGCAUGCUGCCAUCGGACCUCGACGCGACGUGGGCCACGAUCCCGCGCGCGCGCGAGGUCGGCCAGCCCUUUGUGGCGGCCGUGCCGACGACGCUCCGCGCGCUGUGUGCCGCCGCGGCGGUCGUCCACCGCGCGCGGCCGCGGCUCGUGCUCUGCAACGGUCCGGGGACGUGCGUGCCCGUCGCGGCGCUCGGCGUCGCCGCGGGCGCGCGGCUCAUCUUCGUCGAGAGCUGGUGCCGCGUCGAGAGCCUGUCGCUCUCCGGCCGGCUCCUCUACCCCGUCGCCCACCGCUUCGUCGUCCACUGGCCCCGGCUGCGCGACCGGUACCCGCGCGCGGAGUACCUCGGCCGCAUCUGCUAACACCGUUUAGAAGUUC